AUCUACUCGACUUCACCCCCUCGAAUUUUUGUUUACCUUUCAAUUUCGUUUGAUAGAAACAGUGUAAAAUGGCUUCUGCUGCUGUGAUUCCCGCCGACGGCACCUGGUUCGACACUAUCAGGAGGUCAUUCGCCGAUGUCCCAAUCAACGACAACGGUAUUUCCACAACGGAGUUCCUCGAGGCUGCCGAAGCUUUGGUGAUGCUAUUUGACCUCCUUGGCUCCGUCGCAUUCACUCCGGUAAAGAACGACUUGCUAGGCAACAUCAAGAAAAUUCGUGACCGCCAGUUGGCAGCUCCAGCAGAAUCCGAGACUCUUCAGCAACUUGUUGUGAACGAACUCAAGACUGGAAAGCACACGGCGACCGAAGGCCUGCUAUGGCUGGUCCGUGGUCUCGACUUCACUGCCCAAGCCCUCCGCCUCAAUCUUUCCGAUCCUGCUGCUGAACUCUCUACUUCUUUCCGUGCUGCAUACGGCACUACCUUAAAACCACAUCACGGCUUGCUGGUCAAACCGAUUUUCAGUGCUGCCAUGUCCGCAACUCCUUAUAGAAAGGACUUCUAUGCCAAGCUUGGUCAGGACGCUACCAAGGUCUCAACUGCGAUGAACGUCGAAAUAACUGCCUUGGAGAAAGUAGUAGGAAUCCUCCAUGAAUUCCUUAAAAGUCCAGCAGCCAAAUGGUGAUCUGGUGUCGUUUUCAAUGCUUCAUGCGACUGGCAGAGGACAACUAUACCGCUCAAACACGUCCGCCAACCUUUUCAUUUGCGGUGAAUUGCUGGAUGGGAUAUUCCAGCACACAUCUCUCAUAAAUGAUGCCGUAGACAACUAAAAGACAUAGAGUCAUCAGUUGAUAUGUAUAAGGCUAGGAUACAGGCAUAUACGGAUAUACCUAUGAAUAUACAAAUAUCUCGGCGCCCAGCACCCCUCCCAAAUGAAUGAGAACCAUUUAGUUCGCAUUCAGCCGAUACAAUUAGGAUAACAGCCUUCAGUACGGAGUACUCCGUACGGAGUAGUCGUAAAAGAACCCUGGGUUGUGGCGUCAGGGAUAUCCUCGUAUCUA